AUAGUUGUCAGAAGUUGUCAUUGAAGUGGAUAAAGUGGUGUGUCGUGUACAGAUCACGAUCAAGUCGAGAUUAUCUAUGAUGGGUUGUAGGUUAUAUAGAUAUGUUUUUUAUUUAGUUAGGUGAAUUAUGAAUUAUAAUAAAAAAAUAUCCGAUUUCAUCAGAGUAGAUGUUCCAACAGAGCUGUCUAAUGACAAACGGAAAACAAAGAAUUUGAAAAGGUAUUGGAAUCAGCUGUCAAAAUGCCAAAGAAGCUUCAUCUUCAGUAUUCUUGCUAUAUUGUUAUUAACUGCAUUUUACUUGGUGUCUGGGGAAAGACAGCUUGCCAUGUUAAACAGUGAAAAUGUUAGAAUAAAAUAUACGUCCAGAAAUACUGAUGACUCUUCCAGAGAUUCCCACUUUAAUUCAGUUCCCACUGUCGACGAUAUAGUUCAACAGAACCAAGGAUUAGAAGAACCUGGGGGAGCUGAAGUUGACAAUACUGUCAACAGAAAUCAAGUACUGCUGCCACCUAGAACUCAGCAUCGUUUUUCAGGUCCAACUACUUCAAGGCAGAAGGCAGUGGUUAAAGCAUUCAAACAUGCCUGGAAAGGAUACAAGCAAUACGCAUGGGGGCACGAUAACCUUAAACCAAUCUCUGAGGGCUACAGUGAUUGGUUCGGACUGGGACUUACGAUCGUUGAUUCACUUGAUACAAUAUUUAUUAUGGGACUCAAGGAAGAGUUCAAAGAGGCAAGAGACUGGGUAAAGAACGAACUGAAUUUUGAUAUCGAUAAAGAUGUCAAUUUAUUUGAAGUUACGAUAAGGGUCUUAGGUGGCCUGCUUAGUAUAUAUCAUUUUUCCAAAGAUGAAAUGUUUUUAGAGAAGGCUGUGGAUUUGGCUGAUCGGCUUCUUCCAAGUUUCGAUUCAGAAUCGGGAAUUCCGUUUUCGGAUAUAAAUUUGAGAACUAGAAAACCUCAUGCUCCAAAAUGGUCUCCUGAUAGUAGUACUUCAGAAGUUAGUACAAUACAGCUGGAGUUCAGGGAUUUAAGUAGGGCUACAGGAGAUCCAAAAUUUCAGAUUGCAGUGGAUAAAGUAUCGAGGUUGCUUCAUAAACUGGAAAAGAAAGAUGGUUUAGUUCCAAUAUUCAUCAAUGCAAAUACUGGUCAAUUCAGAUCGUAUGCUUCUAUUACUUUAGGAGCUAGAGGUGAUAGUUAUUAUGAAUAUUUACUUAAACAGUGGAUUCAAACUGGUAAAUCUAUAGACUAUUUGAAGGAUGAUUUUAUUGAAAGUAUAGAUGGGAUAGAGAAACAUCUUUUAAGAGUUUCUGUUCCAAAGGGAUAUACUUUCAUCGGUGAACUCCUGGGAGGAGGUAGAGAUUUCAAACCAAAAAUGGAUCAUCUUACUUGUUACUUACCAGGAACUUUGGCUUUGGGAGUUCACAACGGUUUACCAAAGAAGCAUCUUAGGCUUGCCAAUGAUCUCAUGAAAACCUGUUAUCAAACUUAUGUCCAGCAACCUACAUUCCUAGCACCUGAGAUUACUUAUUUUAAUAUACAGGGUGAAAAUCCAAACGACCUACAUGUAAAAUCAAAUGAUGCUCAUAAUCUUCUUCGACCAGAAUUCAUCGAAAGCCUCUGGUACAUGUAUCAGUUCACAAACGAUUCCACUUAUCAAGAGUGGGGUUGGAAGAUCUUCCAAGCCUUUGAGAAAUAUACCAAAGUCGUCAACGGAUAUACUUCCAUAGGCAACGUCAAAAAUACUGCUAAUGUGAGACCGAGAGACAUGAUGGAAUCGUUCUUCCUUAGUGAAACAUUGAAGUAUUUGUACUUGUUAUUUAGUGACGAUCCAAAAUUAUUAAAUUUGGACGAAUAUGUUAUCAAUUCAGAAGCUCAUCCACUGCCCAUACAUCUGAGUUGAUUAUUCCUCAUUUGAUUUUACUCUGACUUUCUCUAGUCCUUGCUCUUUACUUUCAAAGUAAAUGUAGAGAUCAGAAAUCAUGGGAUAGUGUAUUUGAUUGUUGUGAAUUACAAGUAGAACACACCAUUACAAUGUCAAAAUAUGUUAUAUACUUAUGAUGUUCAAGAAAUUAGUAACAAAGCAUUAUCAUUCAAGUAAUAACAUCUUUUAUAAACUAGUCAAAAAGUAGUGGGUUUAGUGGUAUACCAAUUCACUCCUGAAGCCUGAUGAAACAUUUAAUAUUCACAUUUUUGUUACUAUGAUUUCUUAAAGCACAAUGAUCAAUGGUUUUUCUGAGUUUAAUGCUUAAAUUUAAAAACCUAGAUACUCCCCAGUACAUCGAUGACAAUUUUUGGAAAAGAUAGGUUUUGGCUUUCUACUUCUCCAUCUUGAUACAACAGAAUGUGGUAAUCUUCCAAAAAUUAAUCUCCUAAAAAUAUACUCCUUUCAUUUUAAAUUGAUGACAAUAUUGUAUUGAAGUAACAAUAAAAAGCAAUAUAUACAUUUAACACCUGUUCAACGAAAUAGACUCAAAAAUGUGUUCAUCUAUAGUUGUCUGUAUAAGACACUUUUCGGUUAUUUCUACUCUGAAGCAAUAAUACUAUGAAGGCUUAUAUUCAUUAAAAAAAAAUUCUACAAUUGACAUGCAGGGACAGUCAUUGAAAUACGAACAAAAAAUUAUUUAUAAAUUCUGAAGUAUUUUGACAAAAGCGUUAUGCUUUCGAUGAGGUCAUUUUAUCCACCUUCCAAGAAACUAUCUAUCAAUUCCUGAAGUAUACCAUUAAUCCUUGAAUUUUAACUAUUGCAGAUAGACCAUAUGGUCAAUACUUGAUUAUGUUAAAUUUUUGGGUAGUAUUUACAUUAUACAUCAGUUUAUUUGUUAUAUUUUUGGUAAAUUUUAGGGAUUGUUUUACUCAUUUGCAUAUAAACAAUAAAAAUUAUUUUUUCACCAUGCAAAAUAUAUUUUAAUUUUUGUUUGAAUGUGAUGGAUAAUGUUCUUGUUGAAUGUUAGAAGUGCAAUUGUCUAAAAAAGUAUUGAUAGAUUUGAAAUCUAAAAGAAGAUAAAGAAAGAUGUUGCUUUGAAGAUAACUUCUUCAAUUCCAUUUUAUGUUGCAAUGACCUUUUGUUUUCUUUACAAAUUAGCUUUCCUCGUCUUCUACAUUGUAUAAUAUCUUCAUUGGUGUUUGAUAUUAUUUUUACCCUUUUGUUCAACUAACUCGUCCAAAUAUUUUGGUCUUGGUAUUGUCAAUACGUCAUUUAUCUUCUCUUGAAUGUAUUUUUUUAUAGAGUGGAAAAUUGAAUCUCUAACAUCCAAUACAAUUUAAUUUAUAUUAUAUUUUACCUGUUAUUCGAGUGUUUGAUACGAUUUUUAAAAUCAAAGGUUGGAAUUUCGUUUUCAAGUUUUAUAAUUCAUCAUAUCAAAGUAUAAUAAUGCUGGAAGUACACAAUCAAAAUUUUUCAUAUUUUUUAAUCUUUCUGUUCCAUUUCAUACCCACCGUAAUUUCAAUAAAAAAAUACCAAGUCCAGCUAUAAGAAAGUAUUUUUAACCUUCAACAAUCUGAAUCGAAGUGGGAAAUAUAUUGAAGUACAAGAAGGGUGCAACUAUAGCUUACUACAAAAUAUAUGCUAGAUCAAUAAAAAACCUGCCUGUAUUAUACAUUUGUUUACAAAAAAAAUGGCAAACUCAUCUUUGAAUUAUAGAAGAUAAAGUGCUAUAUUAGUGCAGUGUAAAAUAUAACUUUUUAGUAUUCGUUUUGAUGUCAAAUAUCUUAAGUAUGCUAUGAUUUUCAUGUUUUUUGAAUAUCUAGACAAAUGCAGUAAACACCAGUGAAUAGGAUGUACUAUUCUAAUAUUCCUAUCUUUGCUAUUAAUUGAUGUUCAUUCUUAUGAAUUCUCAAUGCAGGUAUUUUGCAAAUUGAGUUAUUUAUUUUUUACAUUGUGUGCGAUGUUUUUGUAUUCAUAUUUGUUCAUUUUUGUGUCAAGCAUAUUUCUUUUGAAUAUUUUUCCUUCAUUAUACUUAUUGUUUCCUUAGAUUAUAAAUAAACCCCAAAUUAGAAUUAUCAGAAGUGUCCGACCCACAAAUUGAUCUUAUUCAUAUACUGUUUUAGUGAUAACAUUUUUAAUUAUGAAUAAAAAUUCAGAACGGAUUCAAUGGGAAGGAAGAGAUUAUUCUGAGAAUUACGCGAUGAGAAUCUUGAUAUUUGAAUUUAUGUAGCAUAUCGAAAAAAUUCCUAUAUGUAACAAAUAAAAACAGUAGAAAUCAUACAAAAGUUAUUCUUUUUAUACUAUAUUCAAUUAUGUUUAAUGGGAAGGGUUGUUUUUUUGAUUUUAAUUUAAAAUAUAACAAGAAAUAAUUGGUGGUUUACCUUUGAGAGGUUGUAUAGUCUUUCAUAUAUUUAAUUCAAAAAUCCAUGUUGUAGCUAGUAGAAUGAUAUUCCUUCAGGUGAAAGUCUUCAGUUUACUAUGAAUAUUCUUGAUAAUACCUUAACAUUUAAAGCAAGAAAUGUAUUAGCCCCAACUAAUAUGUAUUUAAAAAAACAUAAUAGAAGUUGAAGUGGCACAUGUUUGAAUAGUAUUUCAGAUAUAUUUUGAGAAUUUUUGAGUUUCAUUUCAAUACUAGUAUUUCAUCCAACUUUCAAUACACUGAGCUACAAAAUAUUAAUUAUAACUUGAUUAUUUUGUAAUCGUCGUGUUUUAAAAUAUUGUGAAUUAUGAAUUUGUUACAUAUUAAUAUAUGACUAGAUCAUAUUUUUGCUCAAAAAAAUUGAUUAAUUCAUAGUCAUGAAAAAAAUUUGAUUUCACUCAUUCAGCCUGAAUAUACACAAAUUUCAUUAUUUUUUAAGAAAAAUAUGUUUAUAGAGAAAUUUUAUUUUAUUCAUAAACAGCACAACUUUGAUAUAUUUAUUGUUGUUAAUAUGAUGGAAACUGGCAUUAAAUUUUUUAUUGUUA